UUCAACUAAUUUCAUUCAAUACUUCUCGUGUGAUUUAUUGUGUCUUUGAUUUCCUACAAAUGCGGGUCACUGGUCUAGUGGUUACUGUAAGGGGCUAAUGGGCCCAGUGGUUGUGGGUUCGAAUCCAACAGUAGGCAAGGAUGUCACUUUCUGUGUCCUUUCUUCUGUGUGACUGUAACCCUCCCUAUAAACGAGUUUGUGGUUGUAUGACGGGGGCGACGCUACCUGAUCACCGUGACUUAGUUACAGGUGUCCACCGGGUAACGGUAAGAGAGUAACAAUUCUGGUGUUUCUGAGGCCGAUGGAAAAUAGACCCAAGCGUCCGCCAUUAAAAGAAAAAGUUUUCAACAAAUAAAACCUGACACUGCAUUUAAUGACCUAAGGUGUUGUGUAUGCUUGUUGUCUGAGGAAUUGUUUUAUAAGUGUUUUUUUAUGCGCUCUUGAACAGCCAUUUGCUAAAACUUCACAAUUAAUGUAAAUGAGUUCACUUUCAGUAACAAACGAUAAAGAACUCGUUUCAAUUUCUGACUAAAAGAAUUUCAUCUUUAUAUCUUUCAUCCUGCAAUUAGUAAACAGUACAACACACUUCUGUAUAUAAAAAAUUGUAUUUUUUGAUUGCUGAACGAAUUCCGUUUCCGUAUCAUAUAUUAGAAUGUAUAUUCAGUUAUAAUUAUUUACGUAUUUUAGUAUCGUUUCCUGACACUGUAGGGCGCCCGUUGUCUUUUGAAAGAAUUAUUUGAGAGAGGCGCUGCUUAUUCCAGUUGAAUGUUGAACGAUUAUACAUAUUCGCAUGUUUAAUAACUCUUGGUAAGAAUAUGUUUAGAACAAUAUCUGAAUGCUACUUCCGUUCAUUCUGGUGGAUAAUAAUCCUGUCCAUCAACCUCCAAAUGAAUUCUGCAAUACGAGAACAAGGUGAACCACCAGUCAUAGUACCUUUCAGUUUUUCUGAAAAUUUGUCUGAAGGUGACAAUGCUAAAGUGCCCUGUGUCGUCACUAAAGGCGACUCCCCUCUGAAGUUUCGAUGGUUUUUGAAUAAUAAAGGAAUUCAAAAUGGAUCACAAUUUCACAUCAGUACCCAACCUGAUAUUUCAGUUCUUGUGGUAAAACAACUGACAGGACUCAGCAGUGGAAAUUUUACCUGUCAAGUAAAUAAUGCUGCAGGCAAAGACACGCACACCGCAUCAUUGGUGGUAAACGCUCCCCCGAAAUGGUUAAAAGAACCACAGAGUGUUGAAAUGGAGCUUGGAUCAGCAGUAACACUGGACUGUGCUGCAUCCGGCUAUCCGGAGCCCCGGAUCACGUGGUCGAGGAUAAAAGGCUCUUCAUCAGCCGACAUCCCGUUGACAGUUCGGAAUGGCUCCUUAUAUUUCAAUCCCCUUCUGAAUGAGCACAGAGGAGAUUAUGUCUGCGAGGCCCGAAACAGCGUAGGUUUAAAACUAAGAAAAACCAUAACCCUCUCUGUUCUGGGUGAGUCGACAAGGAAAUACCAUUUUAAACUUAUUUCCUUGUAUUUCGAGUAAUUUUAUUUUAGAUUUCCACCAAAUAAAACCUGUAUUUAAAGAUUUAUGGUGUCGUUUAUGUUUGUUAUCCAAGGAAAUGCUAUAUUACGUUAUGUUAUUUUAUAAGUGCUUGUACAAAAUUUUCUUGUUCGUACUGUAAAUAAAUUUCUUUGGUGCUCUAAAUGGACUAAUCAAAAGAGUUUAUAUACCAAAUGAAUAUUUCUAAGAGGAUCCCAUACUUUCUUUAUUAUAUGUUGAGUAAGCAGCAUGGUUUCUUCUUAAUAAAAAUAAUAAAUUGCAUUUUUAAAAUACAUCAAAAUAGUUCUUUUUCAGUAUUAUACAUUAAAAACUGGAUUAUAUGUGCAGUAAUAAUUAUAUACAAAUUUUAGUAUCGUUUCCUGACACUGUAGGGCGCCCGUUGUCUUUAAAAAGAAUUAUUCGAUGGAGGCGCUGUAUAUUCCAUUUGAACGUUGAACGAUAAAUAUUCAUAUGUAUGUUCAUAUAAAGAUGUUUAGAACACUAUCUAAAUACUACUUUCGAGCAUUCUGGGAGAUAAUUAUCCUGUAUAUCAACCUCCAAAUGAUUUUUGCUGUACAAAAACGAGGUAAGUUUUUCAUUAUUUUGAAUUUUUACCUUUUUUUAAAUGUGAUUGUUCCCACUGUUAAUAACUGUAUGAUAGCAUUUUUUAUUCCUUGGACGUUUCAAAUGUUUCAACAAAUCAUGCGUCGUAAACUUUUAUAGGGUUUUGAUUUUUUAUUUCGUAUAUUAGUCGAUAUCAAUGUAGCAAUUGGUUUUCCAAAUUGACUAAUUGAAUUUCUAUAUUACGUGGUUCAUGAGUGAUUAAAUUGCUGAGCUAUAACGUUCUAAACGUUGCGCAUUUAAAUAAUUGAGUACCGCACAUAAAUUAUGUAUAUUUAUUUAUCAUUCGAUUUUUACAACUAACGUGUUCAUCCUAUUAUUAUCGGGAGAUGUGACUUGUUACAACAUUCAAAUAUAGUAGCAUUUAAUUGCUAUUGAUACUUUGAAAUGUUUUUAAAAUUUUUCCUUAACUAACAUGUUUAUCCCGUGAUUAUUGUUUCCAAUAUGAAAAUACUUUUAUCAAGUCUUACUAAAGUACAAUUAAAUAGUUUUAAAUAAAUAUCUUUUACUUUCUGAACGAAUUUGAACAAUUUUCACUGAAAAUCGGUACAAUAAUUUUACUCAUGUUAUUGACACAAUAUUUUUAUAAGGUGCAAUAUAAGA